CAAAUCCAAGUACAUCCUCCCUACCGAAACAAUAUAUGUUGGGGAAAUGAAGGAUGGCAUGUUUCACGGCGAAGGAACCCUGUACCUCCCCAGUGGAAGCCAAUACGAUGCCAUUUGGGAAAACGGAUUGGCCAUAAAGGGCACAUAUACCUUCGUAGAUGGGCUGCACUAUGAUGAGAAGAACUGGCAUUACUGCGACGGCUAUGAUCGGAGGUUUUACACAGAGAUCCUCAAUGGCUUGAAGCCUGCAGGUAUGGCUCAACUCACCAAUAUGGACCCACCUAGAAAAAUCCCCAGGGGCUAUUACGAUUGUGGAGAUGGCUUCUAUAACCCAGUCACGAGGGUAGUCAAGGGCUAUAGGAACCGCUUUCUAAGAAACACAGGUAGGUUUCUUCCGACACUGCAGCACGUUUUCUCUUCACCCACAUAUAAGUAUGUGCAUCUGUAUGUACAAAUGUAUGCACACACUUGACGAGAAAGAAGCUUUUGCUGAUAGAAGAUGAAAGUUGAUUACCUGGAUGUUUUAUUUUUUGGACUUCUCGUGGCUGGCAAAUCUGUACAUAGUCCUAGAGUGAGGUAAAAGGACAUUCGUGGUCUAGCUGUGACGGCACAUAAAUGUCGCACUGAAAGGAUUAAGGUA